UUCAAUGUGACAAUGGGUAUCAAUAGUGGAUUUGGGUCUUGGGGUCUUGCAAAAAAAUUCUUUACUCAUAAUUAUAUAUACAAAUUUAAACUAGUAGUAGUUACAUGCUGCUCUGUCGGUAAUAGAUGGUCAUAUGUGAAAAAUAAAAAACUUAUCCUGUAGAUAACUACUUUUUUAUGUAUCAGUAAAUUUAGGUGAAAAGCACGUAAAAUUUAAUAUACGCUAAAUGCAGUAUCAGCCAAAUAAUAUAAUAGGUGAUACGUGGGUGGUACUAAGAAAAAGAUGAUUAUCAAAUUUUUAUUUUUAGCGCGCCUUAUUGAGUUUUUACAGACCUAGUUUUAAUUAGUACGUUUGUACAUUGAUUCUGUAUAAUUUGGCCAGUCAAGUUAACAGUUCUCGAAUUUCACUUUAUAUUUGCUAUACAGCUUUCAGAGUUGUAAUGAAUAAUAUGUUGUACCUGUUGCUUCUGACUUUCUUCAUUAAUAAAGCACAUUCAAUAAAACAAUGCACUCCACGAAUUGCUAUCAUCGGAGGAGGUAUUAGUGGAUCGUCAGCAUCAUACUAUUUAAAUGAAUUAUUUAAGGAAAAUGUACAGAUUGAUGUCUUUGAAGCUAAUAAUGUUGGCGGACGUUUGGCUACAAUAGAAAUAGGACAGAAUUUGUAUGAAGCUGGUGGAUCCAUAAUUCACAACAGACAACGAUACAUGAAUCACUUCACUGAAAUACUUGGGUUGGAACAAAGACCCUCACCUGACAAUCAAAGAUAUGGUGUGUGGAAUGGAAAGGAAUUUGUUUUUAAAGAGAGUAAAUGGGAAAUCAUAACAUUUAUCAAACUCUUUUAUAGAUAUGGUUUCCAGCCUUUUGCUCUGUACAGUUACAUUAAUAAAUUGCUUCAAGAUUUUGAGACAAUAUAUGAACUUCAGAAUAAUGGAGCAACAUUUAUUAACACAACUUCUCUCAUGGGAGCUAUGAAUGAACAAUUUCCAAAGAUGAUGGACAUAACAACAAAAAAUCAUUUACUAAACCUUGGCUAUUCAUCGAAGUUAAUAGACGAACUAGUUACAGCUACAUUAAUUGUAAAUUAUGGACAAGACACUAAUGUUCAGAGUUUUGUUGGAUGUGCAUCUGUAGCUGGAGGUGGUUUUAAUUUAUGGGCUGUGAAAGGGGGAAAUGACAAGAUACCUAAAGGGCUUAUUUCAAAAACUAAAUCAGUAGAAGUGGUGCCUUCACAAGUAACAAAAAUUCGUUAUUCUCAAAAAAGCGACAAAUUAUUACAAUAUGAAAUUUUUUACGAUCAGGAAGGCAUCUCUAACAGCAGUUUUUAUGAUAUUGUUAUCAUUGCUACACCCUUAACCCAAGAUCAAGAAUGGUCCAUUGAAUUUGAAGGAUUCCCAAACGGGACAGAGUUUAAAUUUCCUGGAGAUUAUCAAACAACUGUCGCUACGUUUGUACAGGGAGACUUGAAUCCAUCAUAUUUUGGAUUGGCGGAACUACUAGACGGUGUAAUGAGUUGCAACCUGCUAAAUACAAAGAUCAACAGUAUCGGUAAAAUAUUUCCGGUUGAAGGUUAUACUGGAGCUGAUUCGAGAGUUUGGAAAAUAUUCAGCAAGGAGUCUUUAAAAUUAGAAGACUUAAACGACAUAUUUCUACAAAUUGAUGAAGUAAAGGAAGUUAAAUGGAAGGCCUACCCACAUUAUGGUGCAACUUUGCGCAAUGACAAUUUUAAACUCUACGAUUUAGUCUAUCAAACAAAUGCAAUAGAAUGGGCUGCAAGUGCUAUGGAAAUGAGCGCCAUAGCUGGAAGAAAUGUUGCUAUACUGGCUUAUAAUGAAUAUUUACAGAAAUAUUCUUCAGCAUCAUCGCAAAAACCAUCAGAUAAGAAAGUGCUAAAAAAGAUACGCUUGUCAGAGCUAUAAUUUGUACAUAUUUAAAAAAUUUAAAUUUUCAUUCCAAAGGUAUCAGCAACAGUAUUUCAUGGAAAUUAUUGAAAUUUAUUAUAUUCCUAGCUUUUGGUACUAAUCAAUGCAUUGUAAUAUGUCUUGUUCAAAAAGCAUAUCAUACGUAAUGGAAUGUUACUAUUUACCCUGUUCAUUAACGACGUCUAUUUUUUUAUUCAAUAUUUUGUUACGGUAACGUGGUGUAAUAUAUGAUGUCGAUUGUUUAUAGGGUAUAGGUCAUUAUAAAAUGUAAUUGGUAUACACCGUAUACACCAACAGAGGGUGGAAGUGGGUGGAAGAAAAAAGUUUGUUCUCCGCCAUUGAGGAAAUCGUGAGGUGUUAACGUUGUGACAGAAAUUUGUAUUUGAUGACUAUAGUGUAACAAUAAAUAUUAUUUAUACCACAA